AUGUCCCUGGAAGAAGAGAAGGAAAGCAAUACCACAGUCACAGAACAUAAGGACCCUGCCGUCCUGACCUGCCUCUCAAAUGACGCUGGCAUCUCCAUAUGCUGGUUUUUCAAUGGCCAGAGUCUACUGCUCACAGAGAGGAUGAAGCUGUCCCCAGACAACAGCACCCUCACCAUCAACCCCGUCAGGAGGGAGGAUGCCAGGGAUUAUCAGUGUGAGGUCUCCAACCUGGGCAGUUCCAGCAAAAGUGACCCCCUCAGGCUGGGUGUGAAAUUUUCCAUGACAGAUGAUUCAACACAAGGAAGUUCUUCUGGCCUCUCAGGUGGUGCUAUUGCCGGCAUCGUGAUUGGAGUCCUGGCUGGCGUAGGUCUGAUAGAACCCCGGUGUAUUUCCUGUAUAUGA